AUGAAACGGGUCCAUGUCCCUACUUUUGAUGGAACCCCUGACCCGGACUUGGCAGAAAAGUGGUUAGAUGAAAUAGAAAAUAAUUUUGCGCUUCUGCAAGUGCCGGAGGAGAUGAAACACCUAAUCGUCAAACCCUUUUUGGUAGGAGAGGCCAAUAAGUGGUGGGCAACUCUGGAACCUACCGUUGUCCCACCAGUAAGUUGGACAAAAUUUAGAGAGGAGUUCCUGAAAUACUUUUUCCCACCUGCCGUGAGGAUGCAGAAAAUAGAUCAGUUUGAAAACCUGAAACAGACACCAGGGAUGUCUGUGGUGAAAUAUUCGAAUAAGUUUACGGCACUGGGAAGGUUCGUGCCGUCGACCAUGGCGGAUGUCGAAUGGAAGAAAUAUAAGUUUAUAUGGGGGUUGUCGAGUAGGAUUCAAACCAGGGUGAACACCGCUUAUACCCCUACGUUUAAUGAUGUAUUGGAUGCCAGUGUUAAGGCGGAGGCUGAUUGCAAAAGAUUGGAUGAAGAGGGUAGGAAUAAAAGGCCUAGACUAGGGAACGAACUUGCAGUGUCGGGAGCACUGAAACCCGGCGGACGAUUCCGCUUAAUUAAGAAGAGUCACGGGCCACCAUCGAAGGUAACUGGGGGAAAUACCUUUCCGGCGUGCAAAACUUGCGGGAAGAUGCACCGGGGGGAAUGCCGAUUUAAGACGACUUUUCCUCCGUAUAAGACUUGUGGGAAAAUACAUCGAGGGGAAUGCCGAAUGAGGACUGGAGCUUGUUUUGAGUGUGGGCAGCAGGGUCAUAGAGCUAUGGAUUGCCCAAGUAAGAAGGUAGAAGGAAAUAAAGGUAACAAUCCCCCUGAUAAGAAGCCAAAGGUUAACGCGAGGGUGCAUGCCAUGACCGACGUUGAGGCGGGAGUGUCAGGCGACGUGGUCACAAGUACUCUUCUAAUUAAUUCUGUACCUGCAUACGUGUUAUUUGAUUGUGGAGCUAGUCACUCUUUUGUCGCUAAGAAAUUUUCAAAGUACUUGUGCAUGCCCCCUGAAUGGAUGGACCACCCCUACCGAGUGGCUGCUCCAGGAGAUAGAAUCUUAGUGUCUCAUACUAGGUAUCCAAACUGUAGUGUGAAAUUGGAGGAUAAGAAAUUAGAAGUGGAUCUAGUACAAAUAAACAUGAGUGACUUUGAUGUUAUCCUAGGAAUGGAUUGGCUAACUAGGCAUUUUGCACAAAUUGAUUGUAGGAGAAAGAGGGUAGUAUUUAUGAAACCGGAUGAGGAGGAUUUCUCAUACCAAGGAAAUGUUGGUAAUAGAAGAGUUCGUCGAUUACCUCUUCUGUCUGCCAUGCAGGCGUAUAGGGCAAUAAGAAAAGGGUGUGAGGCCUAUUUGGCUUAUGUUGUGAAUACGGAGGAGGAGGGGAUGUCUUUAGAAAAGAUUCCAGUGGUGAAAGACUUUCCUGACGUGUUCCCGGAGGACCUUCCUGGUCUACCUCCAGAUAGGGAAAUAGAAUUUGAAAUAAAUGUUAUACCUGAAGUGAACCCCAUAUCUAAGGCCCCAUAUAGGAUGGCGCCUGCGGAAUUGAAGGAACUCAAGGAGCAAUUACCGGAGUUAUUGAAUAAGAAAUUCAUUAGACCUAGUGUUUCUCCUUGGGGUACGCCAGUGCUCUUUGUAAAGAAAAAGGAUGGUAGCUUGAGGUUGUGUAUCAAUUAUAGGGAGUUGAAUCGGAUCACAAUAAAGAACAAGUACCCCCUUCCAAGGAUAGACGUCCUUUUUGACCAAUUGAAAGGUGCUAAGGUAUUCUCAAAAAUAGAUCUAAGGUCAGGAUACCAUCAAUUGAAGAUAAAAGUUGAAGACAUCCAGAAGAGUGCAUUUCGUACAAGGUACGGGCACUAUACGUUUUUGGUAAUGCCCUUUGGAUUAACCAAUGCUCCGACAGCCUUUAUGGAUUUGAUGAAUCAGAGUGUGGCAUUUUUUGGACAUGUGAUAUCAGGUCAAGGGGUGUCGGUUGACCCAAAAAAGGUAGAGGCAAUUGUGGACUGGCCACGACCCACAAAUGUAACCGAUGUGAGAAGUUUCUUAGGAUUGGCUGGAUAUUAUCAAAAAUUUGUGGAAGGAUUCUUCACCAUUGCUAUGCCUCUCACUAGGUUAACUCAAAAGAGAGCAAAGUUUGAAUGGACAGAUAAAUAUGAAUCAAGUUUUCAGAAGUUAAAGGAGAAAUUAGUGUCAGCCCCAGUACUUACCCUACCCUCUGGAACAGAAGGAUUUGUGAUCUAUAGUGAUGCCUCUAAGAACGGUUUAGGAUGCGUUUUGAUGCAAAAUGGAAAAGUUAUUGCUUAUGCCUCCUGCCAACUGAAAUCUUACCAGCAGAAUUACCGAACGCAUGAUUUGGAGUUGGCGACGGUAGUAUUCGCGUUAAAAAUAUGGAGGCAUUACUUGUACGGUGUACAAUGUGAGGUAUUUACCGAUCACAAGAGUCUCAAGUAUUUGUUCACUCAAAGGGAAUUGAACAUGAGGCAGAGGAGAUGGUUAGAAUUAAUUAAGGACUAUGAUUUGACAAUCAGUUACCAUCCGGGCAAGGCAAAUAAGGUAGCAGAUGCCUUUAGUAGGAAAUCGAGGGUGUUAAGAGAGCCCACGGCGAAGGAUCAGAUGGAAAACUUUGAGGUGGAGAUGGUAGACUCCACGGCCCAAGUGCUAGCUGCCCUGGUAGUCGCACCUACCUUGAUAGAUAGGAUUAAUGAGGCGCAGCACUCGGAUGCCGGGCUUGCAAAAAUUAAGGAAAAACUGGAAUUAGAACCCUUUGAUGGGUUUAAAUUGAAAGACGAUGGGAGUUUGUGGAAGGAUGGUAGGUUGUGUGUGCCAAGGGAUGAAGAAUUAAAGCAGGAAUUGCUAAAGGAGGCACAUAAUUCGAGGUUCUCGAUCCAUCCUGGUGGGACCAAAAUGUAUUGA